GAAAGUCAUUCAAGAUGGCCGAUUGUUGUUGAUGCGUUAAGGUUAGAACAUGUGCUCGUCAAAAAAAUUAUAAACAUUUAAGUAUUUUAAUUGUUUAAAAACAAUAAAUUAAUCAUUUAAAAAGUGAAAUUAGUGAAUAAAAUGUCGGAGAAGCAAAAAGUGUUAAUUUGUGGUGAUGUAGAAGGACAAUUUAAAUUUUUAUUCAACAAAGUUGAUACUAUAAACAAAAAGAAUGGUCCUUUCGAUUUUCUUCUAUGUGUGGGUAAUUUUUUUGGUGAAAAUAAUAUUGAAUUAGAACCAUAUAAAAAUGGAAGUAAAUCAAUUCCGGUGCCAACUUAUAUUAUUGGUCCAAAUCGUCAAUCUGACGUAAAACAUUAUCCAGAUCUUAAUGGUUGUGAGAUCUGUCAAAAUCUCACAUAUCUUGGAAGACGAGGACUUUAUAAUGCAAGUUCAGGAUUAAAAAUUGCCUAUCUUAGCGGUAUUGAGGAAAGUUCUUCAGAAAUGAAAGACUACUCUUUUAACGCAAAAGAUGUUACAGAUGUUAGAAAUACAUGUUUAAAAGGACAACCAAGUUAUCGUGGUGUUGAUUUUCUAUUGACAUCACCGUGGCCUGAAGGAAUUACAAAUUUAGAUCCUAAACAACCGGAAAUUAAAUAUAAAGGAUCAAAACUUAUUGCCUGGUUAUCAACACAUAUAAAACCAAGAUAUCAUCUUUGUGGCUUGGAAAAUAUUCAUUAUGAAAGACCGCCUUAUAGAAAUCAAAGUAAAACGGAGGAUAAUAUGGAAAUAGCAACUAGAUUUAUGUCAUUGGCUACAGUACGAAAUAAGACACAAAAAUGGCUUUAUGCACUGAAUCUCACUCCGGUUGAUCGAAGUCGAUUAUCGGAAUUAAUAAUUAAAACCACAGAUGAAACAUCAUCUCCGUAUUCGAAAUCAAUGUUGAGUCCAGAUCCAUUUAAUCAAAAUAAAUCAUCAGAAAUGAAAAGUACACAAUUUUUCUUUGAUAUGGAUUCUUCAAAUGAGAAAAGAAAAAAUAAAAAAUCUGAUCAACCGAACAAAAAGGCUAAAUUUGAAUUCGAUCAAGCAAAAUGUUGGUUUUGUCUUUCAAGUCCAGAAGUUUCGAAGCAUUUAGUUAUUUCUGUUGGUACUGAUAUUUAUUUAGCUCUCGCUAAAGGCGGAGUAGUCGAUGAUCAUUUUUUAAUAUUACCAGUUACACAUCAUCAAAGUUUAUCAAUAUUGCCCGAUAAUGUAGAAAAAGAAAUGAAACUUUACAAAGAAGCCGUGAGAAAAUAUUACGCAAACACUGAUCGUGUACCUGUAUUUUUUGAAAGAAAUUUCAAAACUUCACAUUGUCAACUUCAAGCAAUUCCUGUGCAUAAAAAUCAAGCAUCUUCAUUGAAAGAAGCAUUUGAGGAAAUGGCAGAGUGCAAUAAUUUUUCAUUAACGGAAAUACCAAGAAAUUCACAAUUGCAACAAAUUGCUCAACCAGGAAUGCUUUAUUUCUAUGUAGAAUUGCCAGAUGGAGAAAAAUUAUAUCAUAGAAUUAAAAAAGAUUUUCCAUUACAAUUUGGUAGAGAAGUGUUGGUUAGUGAUAGAAUUUUAGAUCUUAAUGAUCGUGCUGAUUGGCGAGAUUGUCAAAUGGAUAAGAAUGAGGAAACUGAAUUGUCAAUGAAAAUUAGAAAAGCCUUUCAACCAUUCGAUGUUGAUGUGUGAGCUGAUUUUAAUGAAUUGUAAAUAAUCAAGAUUUAUUUUCCCUAAAGAAUUGUAUUUUUUAUGAUGAAAUAGAAUAUUUAAUUUUAGAAGAAA